AUGUCUCCCAACGAUAUCGAAGUUAUCGAUUUGUCGCCAGAAGACUCGGGCUCUCAGGCCGGGGACGACAGUCCUGUCGCCGGAAGCAAUACGAAAGCUGGCGAGGACGCCCACGGGAAUGCAAAUGUACCAAAGCCAAAGCGACUGGCUUGUAUGAUUUGUCGCAAAAGAAAGCUCAGAUGCGACGGUGUGCGACCGAGCUGUAGUACCUGUACUAGACUUGGCCAUCAGUGCGCCUAUGAUGAAGUACGCAGGAAAAGCGGUCCGAAGAGGGGCUAUGUGAAGGCCCUGGAGGAACGAUUGAAGCAAGUAGAGCAGCUUUUGUCGACCAAGGGCCAGGAGACGCCACCGGCAAACGCCGGCUCAGACAGAACUAAUCGGCCCCGGGUCGCUUUCGACCAGACUCCGGCACAAGCAAACACAUCCGCAACAGCCUUCCCCAGCAUCAACCCUCCAAACAGUCAUUCCGACCAGGCAGGAGUUUCUGGAGACUGGCACUUCAGCCAAGAUCCUGCCCAAAAUGCCGCAGCGGACGACUUCAAUUUCGCCGCCAGCAUGGGCAUGGAUUUGAACGGCAUGGGAAACAACUUCACGUGGGAGAUGAUCGGAUUGGGUCUGGACGAGCCUCUACCACCGCAAGAGACCAUCGACGAGCUUCAUCAAGUGUAUUUCGAGAAGAUACAUCCCUCUAUGCCAAUGAUACACAAAUACCGGUAUCUGGCAGCGAUGAACUUGAGUCCCAACCAGCGCCCCCCCGUGUGCCUACGUUACGCUAUGUGGACCUUGGCCUCUUCUGUCAUGGACAAGUACCAAGGUCACAAGGAUCUCUUCUACCAGCGAGCUCGGAAGUACGUUGAGAUGGACUUCAUGAAAGGAUACGGAGAGCACAUGAUCUCGGUCGCACACGCUCAGACACACAUUUUACUCAGCUCCUACGAGUUCAAAAUGAUGUACUUCCCUCGAGCUUGGCAAAGCACUGGUCAAGCUAUACGGUUGUGUCAAAUGACCGGUCUCCAUCGCUUGGAUGGUGCAGGCCUUGAGGUCAAGGAGUGUCUCGCGCCGCCUCGCGACUGGACAGAGAGAGAAGAGAGACGACGCACAUUCUGGAUGGCGUUCUGUAACGAUCGCUAUGCUAGCAUUGGCACUGGAUGGCCCAUGAGCAUUGACGAGCGAGACAUUCGAUCCAAUCUGCCUUCUUCCGAGGAGGCUUUCGAAAUGAGUCGGCCGGAGCAGACGCAGCCUCUUACAGAUUGUAUGAAUCCGACAGGGGCGACUAAGCUUUCCCCCUUCGGAGGCAUUGUCCUAAUGGCCUGUCUGUUUGGCCGAAACCUCGUCCACCUUCAUCGCCCGGAUACCGACGAAAAAGAUCACGAUUUGAAUGGAGAGUUUUGGAAGCGGCACCGAAAUCUUGACAACAUUUUGCUGAAUACCUCAUUGUGCUUGCCUUCAAAUCUCAAACUCCCAGCUGGACUAGGCAACCCCAAUAUUGUGUUCACAAACAUGAACAUCCACACAUCGACAAUAUGCCUGCACCAGGCGGCAAUCUUCAAAGCGGAUAAGAAUAGGCUCCCAGCGGCUGUCAGUGCUGAAAGCAAAGUUCGGUGCAUUACCGCGGCCAAUGAGAUUGCCAGUAUAAUGAGGAUGGUGUCUCACAUGGAUUUGUCUGCAAUGAAUCCCUUCAUAUCCUUUUGUCUCUAUGUGUCGGCUCGCGUCUUCGUCCAGUAUCUCAAGAGUCGGCCCGAGGACAGUCAAACCGCUGAUUCGCUGCGGUUCUUACUGGCAGCAAUGAAUGCCCUGAAGCGCAAGAACCCGUUGACAGAGUCAUUUCUGGUUCAACUUGACGUUGAUCUUGAGGCGUUAGGAUUGAAGAUCCCGAAGCUGAAGUCUGCUUUCCCACGAAGCGAAGAAAGCGUAAGUCGUACCUUUUCCAAUCGCGCACACAUCACCAGAGCGGAGCUCCGCACGAAUCCCGAAAACGUCAAGGGGCGUGCUGAGGGCGGCACCUUCAAGCAUACCAAUGAGUGCCAAUUUUUGAAAAUCGCAGAAGACGGAGGAAACCCCGUCGAGACUCCUGACCUGGUUGAACCUGAACCAGGUCCCUCGCAAUCCGUGCACACGCAAGUCUGGGGCCGGUUCACACGAGGCGAGCAGUCUUUUCCUCCAGGGGAGGAGAGUGCUGGGGGAAAUGGAGGCAACCUCGGCAUGCCACCUUCGGCCUUUGGUCCAGGCUCGGGAAAUGUGUUACUAGAACAACCUGGAGGCGACAACAGCUCGAUUUCCAUGACGACGAAUCCAGAUGGGUCAUCGAACCGACCGACUCCGAACUCUAGUGGUACCUCGGACGUUCGCCGAAAUGCCAGUAGGGAUGCCGGGAGCAGAGACUCGUAUGACGCAAGUCCAAGCACCACAAACGAAAAUAGCUUAGCGGAAAUGGAGGCAGCUGCAACCAGAUUCUUGCAGCAGGCAAUGAGCAACGGGUUUCACGCGCCUGGCGAGGGUGGCGGAGUUUCGUCUGAUCAGCCUUUUCACGCAAUCGGGACUUCAACAACAGUCGACUACACCAUUGCAAGCGAUUGGGAUCCGAUGGGAGGUCAGACCGGCGUAACGCCAGUUGCUGAGGGCGUGCUUCGAAGUCUGAUGAACAACGGCGGUCCUAUCGACUCGAUGGACUUCGGGUGGGACACUGGACCAUGA